GCAGCAUGACAGGGCCCGGGAAGCGCUUUUGGAGUAACAUCUCUGUAUGGGGCAUUUUUGUUGCAUGACAAAUUAUGAGUAUUACAGACAAGUUUACUUAUUCGUAGGGUUGUAGUAUGUUGUUAUUAAUCUAAUUCAAAACUUUGUUAUCCAUCUUUAUGAUUAUCUAAGGCCAGCCUAAUUUGUUUUCAAAAUGGAAGACAGUGUCAGUGAGUGUCUAACACAAAAAUGCGUGGAUUUUAUCAACACGCCAAUUGGCGGCAAGACAAUUGAAGACGUUCCUGGCAUCGGAAAGGUCUACGGAUGCCGUCUGCGCAAAGCAGGACUCUGCAAGGCCAGAGACAUUCUGGACGUGUUCCUUUCGUUCGGCACCGGCUGCGAAUUCCGCUCCUGGCUCGCCUACACGGCCGGCUCCAACUCAGAUAAGGCCUUCAUGACCUACAAGUGUCUGAAGGAGUGGUGCAAGAACUUCCUUCCUCGUGCUCGGUGCUGAAGAUAAUAUGGAGGUGCCAUAAAAUAUAAAGUUUUAAAUGUGAUGUAAUAUGUAAAAGUGUCAACCAACGCACGGCCACUAAUUCUAACUCGAAUAUAUCCGCUGCACUUGCUACGUUCACAAGUGAAAAUGCACACAAUGCCUAGCAUGUGGUGGUUAUGUUGUCGUGUUUCAACAAAUCUUAUCAAUCGC